AUGGAGACCACCGUGCUUUGUGGGCCCAUGGCUUAUCAAGGAGGCUUUCCAGGUCUGAAACCCGAAAUGGACCCCAAGGAACGCUUCUACAGACACUUCGAGGCCCAGGCCACAGCCCUUCAAGAGGACAUUGCAAAUCUUGCCAACAUCUCUGCCACCGGCGGCGAGCGCAAGGACGCAACAGACCAUGUCCUCGGCGGCAUCUCCAGGCUCACCAACGAGGUCUCCGAUGCCUCCGAAUACGCGCCCCCUCGCGACCAGAUGAUCUAUGGCCAGGCCCUCAAAGCAUUGCGUGAGCAGGUCAACAUCCAGAGCCGUGGCCUGGGCCCCAAGACCGGCUUCGAGUUCACUCAGGAAUCCAAGGAGUCAUGGGUCGCAGCAGGGGGCAACAAAGCACCUGCUGCUGCCGCCGGCCCCGACGCCGACGACAGCGACGCCACCGUGCAGGCGGAGAGGACAGACGCCGUAGGCGACCUACCGAGCUUCACGGGCGCGGGCGGUGCGGCGGCCGGGUCCGCCAAGGACUACAACGCCGAGAUGGCCUCGCAGGGCGGCGUCGGGGUGCGCAAGCCCAGCUUCUCGCAGGCGCGCGACAUUGACAUCUCCAACCACCGAGGCAUGCACAUCAUCCUCCCCGCCACCGCGUCGCGGGCCACCGCCUCGGGCACGCUGACGGAGCUGCGGGGCUGCGUGCUGGACAUGUCGGCUCCCUUCGCCAGCAGGAAAAAGAAGGGCAGCAGCCACCCGGGCGGCGGCGCCGCCCCCUUCAACACGCUGGCCAUCCGCAACAUCUCGGGCAGCCUCGUAAUCGCGGGCCAGGUCGCGGGGCCCGCGCACGUGACGGGCGUGCGCGACAGCGUGCUGGUCCUCAACGCGCGCCAGGUCCGCAUGCACGAGUGCCGCAACGUCACCGUCUACCUGUGGUGCGGCAGCCACCCCAUCAUCGAGGACUGCGAGGGCGUGCGCGUCGCGCCACUGCCCGCGGUGUUCCUCGGCCGGGGCCAGGACAACGGCGCCGGCAGCAACCAAUGGGACCAGGUCGACGACUUUGGAUGGCUCAAGGCCGAGCCCAGCCCCAACUGGAGAAGGCUGGCCGGCGAGGGCGAGGGCGACCACGUCGUGUCUGAGGACUUUUGGACGACCACCGUCAAGGGCGGGCCGGCGCUGAGCACCGAGGAUAUCCUCCGGCAGGCGGGCGUCCGCACCUGA